AUGUCCGACGUCGCUGAGACCAAACCUAACCCCGCCACCGGCGCUCCUGAGGCCGAGAAGCCCCAGGAGACCACCCCCGCCAACACCGAGGCCGAGAAGCCCGCCGAGGAGAAGUCUACGACUGAAGCCGCUGUCGACGCCGCUAAGGAGGCCACCACUAAGACCACCGACAGUGUUUUCUCUAUGUUCGGCGGCGGCCCCAAGAAGGAGAAGAAGGAGGAGCCUGAGGAUGCUAAGGAUGAGCCCUCCGGCUCUUCUAAGGCGCAGAAGGGUGAAGAUGAGGAUGAGGCCCCCGAAUCCCCUGAAGUUCACUUCGAGCCCGUCAUCCGCCUGACCGAGAAGGUCGAAACCAAGACCAACGAAGAACUCGAGGAGCAGAUGUUCAAGAUGCGUGCCAAGCUCUUCCGAUUCGAUCGCGAAAGCAAGGAGUGGAAGGAGCGUGGUACCGGAGACGUUAGACUGCUCAAGCACAAGGAGAACCAGAAGACCCGUCUGGUCAUGCGCCGAGACAAGACCCUCAAGGUCUGCGCCAACCACUACAUCGUUCCCGACAUGGAGCUGAAGCCCAACGUUGGCAGCGACCGCAGCUGGGUUUGGAAUGCCACUGCCGAUGUCAGCGAGGGUGAGACGGAACCCCAGACUUUUGCUAUCCGUUUCGCCAACAGCGAGAACGCCAACCUGUUCAAGGAAUCUUUCGAGAAGGCCCAGCAGGAGAACGAGAAGAUUCUCUCCCAGCAGCAGUAA